UCUACUUCUUCUACUGUCUUUAAUAUUUCUUCAUACUUUCCGCCGGUCGGUUUCAUUGGGAUCACCACGAGACCACUGUCACUAUACUCACAAAACUGACCGACUUUCGUUCACGAUGAAGCUCACUAUAUCAACGUUGGCUCUACUUAUGACCACUGCACUCGCUGCCCCAGGUAGUCUCACUGCUCGCCAAGAAGCCGCGACCAUUUUCGACCGAGCUGUGAAUGAUGGCCGUCCCGUCGCUACAGGACUUUGCUGCAUUGCAAAUACGAGCAAGAAGGGCGAUACGUGUACUCAAAGUAAUGGAGCUGCGGGGAUAUGUUCUGUGGCCGAUACUGCGGGCUGCGGUGCGAAGUUAACUUGCACGUAAUAUAUUUGAAUAGGAAGG